CAGGACCAUUCUGGGGCAGGAGAGCUUCCAGGCCCAGCCAUGGAGGUCCCUGCGGGGCUGACUAGUGGGAAGGAGCCUGCUGCUGCAGCUCUUCCCAGUGUGUCACUGCCAAUACCAGUACAGAUCACAGUUGUGGAUGCACUGAACUUGAGAGCUCUCAAAAGCAAUGUGCUGUUUACGUUGGUGCGUGUGGAGUACAACGGAGCAGUCCUGGGAGACUCUCCCAAGACUCAUGUCCUGCCAGAUGGGUCAGCAGAAUAUGACUUCAGCACCAGCUUUGAGUGCAGCCCUGAUGGGCCCAACUCCUUGGAUGUCCUUGUGCAGAAACCACUGCUCUUGACAGUGCUAAAUGUGGUGCCAAAGGAGAAGAAAAAACCAGAGAAAAUCACUCCUCUUGGCCAAGCUGUGGUGGACCUUCUACCUCUGCUGCAAGGAGUGCGUUCACUGAAGGUCUUUGCUCCUUUGUAUGCAGUGCCUGCCUCCCCAUCAGAGAUGCUUCACCCUGAGGCCACGAGUGGCCUUGAAGUGAUGGUGAGCACCAAAGAGCUCCUGCUCUCUGCCACCCAGUUCUCAAGUGGGAACCUCUUGAGCAUCACGCUGGAGGCAGCUUAUUCCGUCCCUGAAGCCUUUACCUCUGACGCCCAGCAAAACUACAUGGCUUGCUUGCAAAUACCAGCAGCUGGCGAGAAAGAAUUGCCAUUGCUCUUCAAGAAUGGCAUCCUGAAGGCUGGUGGUGAUAAAGAACCAUUGCCUCGGCCCAAAAUCUGGCCCCUUGGCCCCAUCCUGGCCCCUGGUGCUCUGAACAUACCUGACUCCUUCAUUGUUGGUGGGCGCUAUGAGGAUGAGGAUGGAGAGCUCACCAAAAGCGAGGACAGGGAAUUCAGGAUGCAGGCCGAGAGCACGAAGAGAAUCGUGUGGGACACGGAAAGGCGCUGUUUCCUGGACGCUGCUGCAGUGGCUGUCCUGCAGAAGCGCAUUGCUGAGUGCCGCUACUGGCCCGUGGAGCUCUGCAGGAUGUCCAUGGCCUCAGCUGGCAAAGGAAAAACCAACAAAAUUGACAAGGGAGAUGAGGACAAGCAGAUUGCCUUCCAUGGCGUGGCAUAUGUCAACAUGGCGCAUUUGCUGUGCCCUGGGGUGAAGCAGAUCCGAGGGGCCUUCCGUGUCUUUAACUACGAGGAGAGCGAGGUGUUUGAGAAGACUAAAAUCCAGCACAGUAUUUUCCGGGAUCUCAGGUCACAGCUCAGUCUGGUCAAGGAAGGGCUGGGGAACUCUCCUGUUUCCAAAGCUGCUCCCAAUAAGGCUCAGAAGGAGGAAAAAGAGUGCAGUGUAAUGCAGUACAGCGAGGCAGGAACAUUCCUGGUGAUGGAGAUAAAGCUGGACAGGCCCUUGGUCCCAAAGCGGCUGCGGGAGGAGCUCAUCCGGCGGGUCAAGGAGCUGAUUCCUCCCCGCCCUGCGCUGCAACCCCGGACAGAAGGAGCCAGGAAGGUGGUGGAAGAUUAUCACAAACGUGUCACCAGUGUUGCUGUUAACAUCCUGAGGGAAUACCACAAGCUUUUUGGGAAGCAGCAGGCCAUGGACCAUGAAACCCUGGAGGAACAAAAGCGUCAGCUCAACUACGAACUCAACACCUCUGGGAAAUAUUUUGCUUUUAAAGAACAGCUUAAGUAUUCUGUGGUGAAGAUUGUGAGGGAGAAAUACCUGAAGACCACAGCAUUUGAGACCAAGGAGCAGCUCCAGGCAUUCCUCAGUGAGCUCUAUGUGUACCUCGUGGACCACAUGCACAUUGCCCUGAACAAGUUCCUGUCUGGGGAAGAUGUUUCUCCUGCCCCUCCAUCCUGCGCGACCAUGGAGCAGCUCUGGCUCUUUGCUCGAGAAGCUGAAGCCAACAAGGACUUAAAACUGGCCUCUCUCUUCUACAAGCAGAGAAUAGCUCGGGACCAGCGCAGCAUCCAGUCCUGGGUAGACUAUGGAGCCUUCUGCCUCCUGUACGAGGACGCCACCAAAGCCCAGGAAUGCUUCCAGCAGGCCGUUUCCCUGGACCCCCAGAACAUCCAAAGCUUGCUGCUCUGUGGGAUUGCAGCUGUCAAGCUGCAGCACUACAAAGAGGCAGAGAUUUUCUUUGAGGAUGCCUGCUGCUUGGAGCCAUCCAGCAUCAUAGCCUGGACUCUCUCAGGUCUGUUUUAUGAGACACAGAAUAAUUAUAUUCAGGCAGAAAGGAAUUUCCGUGAGGCUAAGAAGCUCCUGCGAGCACAGUUUGAGGAGGAGGAGCAGGGGAGAAUCCUUGAGGCUGCUGAGGGAGAAGGGAAAAAGCCCAGUUCUCCCAGCACAGACCCAGGUAACAGGCAAACCCAGGAGGUGCUCAAUCCAAAUGUCUGGGCUCAGAAAGGGCACCUGUGCUACCUGCAGAAAGACUUGGUCAAUGCAAAGGAUUGCUACGAGCGAGUCAUCAGCUUUGUAGAGGAUGCUGUGGAUUUGCACUUUGUCUACCUGCGCCUGGGCUCCAUCUACUUGGAAGAAAAAGAGUAUGGCCGGGCCAAGCAGAUCUACCUGCUCGCCUGUGACAACUCUGCCUCCUGUCUCACCUGGCUGGGCGUGGGCAUUGCUUGCUACAGGCUGGAAGAGAUGCUGGAAGCAGAAGAUGCUCUCUCUGAAGCAAAUGCCCUAAAUAACACCAACGCUGAAGUGUGGGGAUAUCUCGCCCUCAUCUGCCUGCAGGGCGGGCGGCAGCUGGAGGCAGAGCAGUGUUACAAAUACACCGUCAAGCUCGGCCUGCAGAACGAGGCGCUGCUGCGGGAGAUCCGCGUCGCCCAGCACCACUUCGGCUUCGGCGACCCUUCGCUCUGAGCCCCCGGGCACAUAAAAUCACCUGGCCCCGAACGCGCGU